UAGAGCGCCAAGCCGGCUGUUUGAAAAAAAAAAAUUCGAGACACGCGUCCAGUUGGGGUUAAAGUGUUAAAAACCGGCAUUUGGAGGUAAAAUCUGUGCAAUUUUUUCAAUUAGAACAAUAAGAUUCAACAAUUUUGUCGUUUUGUCGCAAUAAUAACGUCUUAAAAGACCAAAUUUGGCGUUAAUUCAAUCCCACCAUAGUAGCCUAUGCUACGCCAUUAAUUUUUUCAGCACUACAACCGACGCUGUUUGAAAAAUCAAAAAUUUGGGCAAAAUGUCCAUUUUACGCGGAAAAAACUCGCCUUUUUGCAUUUUGCGACGCUUCAAUAACUUGAAGAACUUCGCCCAUGACUCGACUAAAACAUCGGCGACUUCUGCAUCAGCGACCCAAGCCCCCAGUCCUGGGACGUUUACAAUUUCUGGUAAACCGAGCAUUUCUGUGCCGCAAGACACCGUUAAAGUCACGCUCCAGAAGCCUGAUAUGGACGUCCUUGUCGAUACCACAACAAUCAGCCGCCAAAUGGUUGCCGAACAAAUAUCGAAAUCAAUCGCUUUUGAUAAUAUUCCGGGACCAAUCAGUUUGAGAAUAAUUCAUAGGAUUUGGGGGAUGGUCCCGAUUCUGAGCACGCAAAUCACUGGAGGGGCUAUCCAGUAUUUCUUGGCCGUUGGUAGUUUACUGAGCUGGAGCGGGAACAUGGCCCUUUUCAAACGUUUUUUUGACCAUUAUGGCCCUGUUGUGCGCCUCCAUGGCCCUCUAGGGGGCGAUAUUGUCAUGGUGAGCCGGCCCGAACACAUUGCUGCUGUCUUCAAAAACGAGGGGCCUUACCCAAUCCGUUCCAGUCUCGAUUCGGUUGAAAAAUAUCGCUUGCAACACCGAAAAUUGCGACAUACUGGACCGAUUCUCAUGUUUGGGCCCGAAUGGGAAAACUUCCGCAAGUCGAUUGAACAGCCCCUUCCGCAAUUAAUCGCCCGUCAAUAUGACAAAAUUGACGACGCUUGCAAUAAAUUCAUCGCGCGUAUUGCCAACAUACGGAACCGCCAAGAGGAGGUUCCUGGCACGUUCCAGAAAGAAAUUUACAAGUGGUGUCUGGAAUGCAUGUGUUUGGUCACGCUUGAUAAAAAAUUGGGUUUUUUGGAUCCUUGCGGUUUGAGUUCAACGUCGGAUCCUGGUGUGUUACUCGACGGUUUGAUGAAGGCGACUAAAGCGAUACAGCGGUGCGAAUACGGCCUACAUUUGUGGCAAUUUUUGCCAACACCGGCAUGGAAAUCGCUUGUGGAGAAUUGCGAUGCGAUUGAUAAUGUUUUGAGCAAGUACGUGCACCGUAUCCAGGUUUUGAUUAAAGAGAAGAAGGAAGCCAGUGAUGGUGUUAGUAAGGAAGUGAAUUGUUUGAUGGAGAAUGUGCUUUUAAAGCCGGGAAUUAUGGUCGAAGAUGCCAUGACUAUUUUGCUUGAUAUGAUGCUGAUUGGCAUUAAUGCAACAGCACACACGAUUGCGUUCAUGUUGUAUCACUUGGCAAAAAAUCCGAGGUGUCAGGUGAAACUCUACAAUGAGAUUGCGCGUCAGCCUAAGAAAUUAUCCAAAGAUGCUUUGGCGGCAAUGCCAUAUCUCCAGGCGUGUAUUAAGGAAACUUUGAGACUUAAACCACCGAUUCCCUUGUUAGGGCGUAUUCUCAAUGAUGAUUUGUCGAUUUACAAUUAUCAUAUUCCACGCGGGACGUAUUUAUUGAUGGUAACAAGUCUUUCAAGUUGGCGAGAAGAGUAUUUCGAGGAUGCUCAUAAAUUUAUGCCUGAACGUUGGCUGACGCCCAUUGAUGAUAUGCAACUAUUUGCGUCUAUACCUUUCGGUUAUGGAGCUAAAGCUUGCUUGGGUAAGGAACUAGCUGAGAUGCAAAUUGGAGCUUUGAUAACUAAGAUUUUAAGGAACUUUAAGAUUGAGUAUCUUUAUGGCGAUAUCAACAGUACUAACAAACUGUGGGCUGCGCCAAAUAAGAAACUAAGAUUUAGAUUUGCUGAACGAGUUUAAUUUUUUGUGUCUGUGUUUAGUUGUUGUUGGAGUUAAUUAAAAUAAAUUUACUUGAAAGCUUA